AUGACUUACCCGAAUGCAGUGAGUUUCACCUAUGUUUCUUUACAUUCCGGUCUUCAUCUCUGCAAGAUUUAUCCUCCCAUUUGCGUCGCGCAUAGCGACAUCGAGAGUCUUCAUCGGACGAGCUCCGAUGAUGAUGAUGAAAGAACUGCUCAGCUUCACUUUGUCCCUCAGUCGGCCGAUCACAGCUUUGAUGUGGAACAAAGGGUGGACGGGAUCUUGAAGAGCGAUAUGUCAAUCGACAACGCGCAAUGCAACGAAAAAACUACCAAGUCACAUUUGCGAGAAUCUGACGCAUAUAGUCGGUCAGGUGAGCAUAACCAGAUGGAAAGCCUACAACAGAACGCCGCUACGACCUGGGCACCGCGCCGAAUUGUGUUGCCAGCCGAUGCAUCCACUUGCAUUCGACCCGACAUUGAAACCGCUACUGACGAAGUACAGCUAUCAUGCCUCGAUUCAGCGCGACUUGUAACUGGUGCUAGUGCCGCUGCUAAAUCUUCCGUCAAAUACAUCCUCCCUUUAUCGUUAACGGAAGCCAUUGAGAGCUCUCCUACGGCUGAUUCUGCUCCAGGUGAUACGAAUAUCGAACAAAUUUCAGAAGUAGAACAAAUACACGACGAUCAUUUGGUCGAUUUUGAAGUCUACGUCAAGGAUUCGCUUUCUGUGCUGGAAGUGACAGACGAUCCAGGUAGUCCGUGCACCAUUUUCAACGGCUCACCACUGAUUGCCAGCCUUUGCUCUCCACCUAAUACUGCCUAUCGUGAAGAAAACUAUGUUGACCCUCUGAGAAUUUUUGUCCCGGAUGUGGAACAAGUCCGACUUCCGGUGUCCGCUGCUUCGACUUCUGCUCUUUGUUGUACUGAUCUGGUUCUGCCUUGUUCUAUUUCUGGGGGUUCUCCCGAUCAUGCCGCUGGAUCUCUGUCCAUGCUCUGCACAAAUGCUGAAUCCUGUGAUUUGCUUGCUGGGCCCUCUAACGCUGAUGUUCAUCCAAUUGCUGAUUCUCUCGAUGCUCAGAUAAUUUACGACCCUGAUACUACAGCUGAAGAUGCACAACGUACAUCUCUACUUCUAGAUCCUUUCUGCCAUGUGUCAAGUUCGUCUGAUUCCCCAGACGGCUCUCGCGUGGAUCCGAAGAGGAUCAGUUCUGACCUCAGUCUUACAGACGGAUGUCUGGGUCACCUUGAUUGUCCUAUUGUUACAGAUGGGACUACUCUGGACGCGGAUCCUGUGCCUCUUUCAGCCAAAAUGUUCGUAGUAGAUACAACGACUGGCUUGCAAGUUGCUGCCGAGAAAUACGUAGAUGACGAAAAACUUACUUCAAGUAUUCCUCCUCAGCUACCUUAUCUUGUUGACCUGGUUGUUCUUCAGCUUCCGAAUAAGGUGGAGCCUAUAUCCACAGAAUGCUCGUCGUGCGAUAGCUUUACUGAAGCCACAAGUACAUCUAUGAUUGCUGACACUGCAAGCACCUAUUUUACGGAUCAAGAGGCCCCAACAGCAGUUCAAGCUCCGCGGGUUGAUGUCAAUAUAUCGUCGAGCGUGCCUUCUGCUCCUAAUGAAGAAGCCAGACUGGAUUUAGUGGUGCUACCUCUGAGCCCCAUCGAAUCCGCUCAACUGACCGGAGUUCUGGACCUGGAGGAUUCUGGGCUCUCCUGCUCGUUGGGGGACGACCUAUGUUCCGACAUGGUAUUAGAUGAAAAGUCGACCUGCUCGCAAUAUGUCGACCAAGAUGCUGAACAGCUUUUGACCACGGAUGACAUACCUUCCUCUCCGUUACCGUCAUCAUCGCCUUUUCCAUCCUCUAGCCCUUGUAAGAUAUUUUCUUCCUCGCCUCCAUGCAAGGGAAGCUCGCCGCCUUCGUCGCCGCCCCUGUUUGCUAUUGAUCACCAUAAGAGUCACUUAGAGGGCUACCAACUCGAUUUUGACGCGCGUCCUAUUGUCGGUGCGAAACGGCCGCGGAGCCUGUUCGAACCUGCACUUGGUAUUCCAGACGAAAUCAAUGGAAAUGAAGGUUCCCAUCAUACGAGCUCUUUUGCCAAUCAAUCGCCUAAGAAAUAUAUGAAAAUGGAUGGCAGCUUGAGGCCAAACAACCUAUCCAACCCAAAACGACCCACUCUGAUCUCUCAGCAGAAGCAGCGCAGAAAGCUUGUGGCCCCAUUUCGCUCGCCUUUAGUGGAUAUAGCGUUCGCCCAUCACGGUGUCGAUGCUGUGUAUGCAAGUGGCAGGAUUCCUCGUGGUCUGGAAGCAGCGAAAGGCGAGACAGUUGACGUUGAAGCUCUAACCCGCCCCAAUCUGAGUUAUGCGGUGGAGACCAGCGAUGCCACCGUGCAGACCAAGGAUUGCACCAGGAAUGCCGCGAAGCAGUUCAAAUCACCGCUAUCUGUAGGAUCGUCUGUUCCGAACGUCUCAUUCUCGAGUGUGACAGCUAUGCCUACCAUUCAAGCCCUCCAGCGCAGAUUGCAAAUGCUGAAGCAGGCUAUUCGCAUCAAGACUGCUGGAGCUGGGUUGGAAGAAGCACAGCUCGAAGAACUUGUUGAAAAGUGGGUGACCGUUGGCAGGGAGGUGGCGUGGGCUGUUUGGGACACCGUGAAGGACCAGAAUCCCGGCGAAAGCAUCAACACCUGGAGAGGGAAAAGUGGCUGGCUAGAGGAAGAGUUUGGGCGUGGGGAAGGUUCUCGCUCCGGCGGAGCAACCGGCGCGUAUCAGGUGCGGAACGAAGGAAUUCAAGAUGACGAGGAGAACAUUUCUACGCACACACCCGGGACAAUGCUACGGCACUUGGGCAUCGCUCCUGAGACGCUGGGCUGGGACGAGCAAGAGGGGGAUUUUGUGGAUCUUGGUGAUAUUUGA